AUGGAUUGGAGCGGUGGCUUUGGUCGGAUUAAGGAAGAAAGGAAGAACCUUAGCUUCUUCAAGAUCUUCCAGAGUGCAGACUUAUCCUCUGAAUGCAUGAGAGCGUUUCCUUACAAGUUCAUGCAAAAUCUCUCGGACAAUGACUUCUCAUACAAGAUGGUGAUAAGAGCACAGUGGGGAAGCUCAUGGGAAGUAAACAUCUCCAAGAACCCGAGGUUCUACUACAUGGAGAAGUCUGGAUGGAACCAGUUUGUGAGCGACAAUGCGUUGGGUGAAAACGAGUUCAUUACCUUUACUCACAAGGGUUUAAUGUGCUUCAGUGUCAACAUCUACGAUCUGAGUGGCAAGGAGAUUGUCAUACCACGAAAAGCCCCACCAACGACUCCUUUCAGUGGCAUCAAGAAAGAAGAAGGUGAUGGCAGCUACAAGGACAUGAAGAAGGAAGAGGAAACAUGUGAGUCAACGGACGGAGUUGAGAUGGAAGCCACAAAGAAGAAAGCUGAGGCUUCUAAAACAUCCAAGAAGAAGAAGAAAGUGGUGAGUUGUGUGGAAGUAGGUGAAUCAUCGAGAGGAGCUAGCCUCAGGGGCAGAAAAAAGAAAGAUAAGAAACUCAAAACAUUCAAGAAGAAGAAUAUCGAGAUCAAGAAAGUGAAUAAAGGUGUUCCAGAGUUCCAAAUCACCAUAAGGAAGUCAUACCUCAAGUUCCUGUUACUCCCAAGGGUGUUUGAUGAGGCGCAUAUCCCGAGUGAGUCUUUGGAGUACACGAUACAUCACUCAAAAAGGAAGAGUUCAUGGAAUGUGCUUUGCUUGGUGAGGGAGACUCGAACUGUCUUCUCAAGUGGAUGGAGUAGAUUGGCACGAGAGUUCCCUUUAAAGGUUGGUGACAGGUGUACAUUCAAGCUCAUCAAACCCACAGAGUUUGUACUCAUCACCAAGAAGAGCAGAAAGGAGAUCACUGUGAUUAACUGA